AUUCGACAGUAGAUUCUACUUAGUAAGGCGCUACAUGAUUGGUCGAAAAUCGGUUUCUGCUGUUAAUAUACAAAAUGGCUGAAGUAGUCGAGCUCCAAAAGCUGAAGUUAGCUGAACUCAAGCAGGAAUGCACAGCCCGAGGACUGGACGCGAAGGGUAACAAAGGUGACCUGAUUGCCCGGUUACAGGCGUACCUUGAAGAGCAUGAUGAGGAAGUUAACGAAGAAGAAGUGUUGGGAGAUUUUGCAGAGGAGAGCUUCUCCAAAGAUGAGACGUCCCCUCCCAAAGUUGUCAAAACAUCUGAUGAUGAACCAGAGCCAGCUGCUCCCGAAAAGAAGGUGGUCAAAAUAACUCUAUCGGAGUCCGGUGAUGAGAAGCUGCUGAAGAGGGCAGAGCGGUUCAACAUGCCCCCAACAGCAGAGAAUAAGAAAGCUGCCCGCGCUGCCAGGUUUGGCUUGCCUGCCACAGCAUCAUCAGCUUCUUCUGAAGGUGCCUCCAUCAGUGCCAAAACCCCUGUCAGUGUGGAAGUACUGAAGAAGAGGGCGGAACGCUUUGGAAUGAACGUGUCCUCCAUCUCCAAGAAGGUAGAGGAAGAUGAGAAGCUGAAGAAGAGGAAGGAGCGGUUUGGAGCGGUCCUGGCAGGGGCUGGGGCUGCGGGCAGCGAGGACGCAGAGGCCAAGAAAAGGAAGCGGGCUGAGCGAUUUGGAAAUGUAUGAAGUUUCACUGAACUUUUUUAACUUUAUAAAAAGUUCUUUUAUUUUUGUAUUUUUUUUAAAUAUAGAUAGUCAUUUCUUUCAAUUAUGGAUAAUGCCUUCGGUGUGCUAGGUCUGUGCAUUGGUUGUAUAUUAAACUAAACUUAAACUCA